AUGCAUCGCUAUUUCUUGGCUCUUCACAUCCCUUUCUUCGUCCCGCCUUUACGCGAGACAGCCUACGCGUUCUCUCGGAAUGUAGUAGUGGACGCUUCGUUGAAAAUCUGGCGCGCUGUUCUGCUUCCAUCUUCUCACAGUGAUGAAAUCUCUCCACUAAAUGGGGACGAUCUAGAGCGACUGGCAAUCUGUGGAUCUCAAUUCUUUCGCCUCCAAGAAGAGAACAGCUUAAGUCCUGCACCCUUACGUCCUGAUCUACUAUCAAUAGUAAAUAAUGCUGUGAAUUGGUCCUUCCGGUGUGUUGAGGCCGGAGAGACCAACAUCAAGGGACAUCUCUUCAUGUGUUUGGUAGAUGCGCGGCUUGAGGGACUCAUACGAGGCGUAGGAAAAGACGAGCUUCCAGCAUCAUUAAUCAGGGCAGUAGAAAACGGCCAGGAAAACUGUUUGCGAGUCCUGGAGGAAAGGGCUGCUGAGGGCCAGACUGGAGCGAGAGUAGAUUUGCUUAGCCAAACGGGGAUUGACACGCUCAAAGGUAUGGAAGACUGGGAUAUUAUGAUGCCGAUUGGCCAGUUCAAUUUCGAUAGCGCAGAUCCUAUGAAUUGGUGGUUUGACGAUGAAACGAUGGAACAUUUACCACUCUAG